AUGCCUAAAUUAAUUAAUAAAAUUAACUAUUAUGAGAAGGACACUCCCGAUAAAAGAUUAACAAAACUUCUAAUAAUUUUAGGAGACAAGAUGUCACCUCAAGAAAUUCAUUCAAAUAUUGGAAUAGUUUCAAACCUAAUUCAAACUGAAUAUGCAAAAUAUGAAAUUAAUAUAUUGAAAGCAAUAAAAAAUUGUUUUAUGGAAUUACCAACGAAAACAUUUGUUUAUGGAACUCUUAUUGGUCUUUUGAAUGUAGCUAGAUCAGAUAUAGGUGCAGCUAUAGUAAAAAUGACUUCUCAAAGUUUGCAACAAUGCUUAAAUGAAGGCAAUUGGCGUGGUGCAAAAUUAUCUCUUAAAUUUUUUGCAGAAUUGACAAAUUCAAAUGUAAUCUUGCCCAGAACAAUGUUAGAUAUUUAUGAUGAUUUAUUGACAACUUUAGAUGAACCUAAUGUUAAAAUGGUAGCCACUCGACUACAUGAUCGAAGUCCAGAUAUACUGGAGGGCAUUUUAUCUAAAAUUGAAAGAUACUUUUAUGCAAGGGAUCGAGCAAUCAAAGAAAUUGAUGGUUUAUUGGUUCUAAAUUCUGUUAGACCAUAUGUUGGCUCCAAUAUCCCUUAUGAACAAGUUGAUACCUUAGAAUUACUUUGGACUCAAAUUCAAAAAUUCAAAAAUAACAAUUGGAAAGUUAUUCAUACAUCAAAAACUAUUCACGGACAAAUUUAUAUUCCAGAGAUAAAUUAUAUUUUGAUGAUUGCAACGGUUUUGGUUUGUAUUGCAUUUCAAAAAUCAGAAAAUCUUACAAAUGCAUACGGAGUCGCAGUAAUUACAGUUAUAUUUAUAUCAACAAUAUUGGUUUCCAUUGUGAUUUGUGUAGUUUGGAAUUUACCAUUAAUUGCCAGUAUAAUAUUCUUAUUAACAUUUGGUCUAAUUGAUGUUUCAUUUAUGGGCGCCACAUUUCUCAAGGUACAAUACGGUGGAUGGUUUACAUUGGUUUUUGGAUUUGUAUUAUGUGUUAUGAUGCGUAUUUGGAGAUGGGGCACAAAUCUUCAAUUGAGAUAUGUGAUGAAAAAUAAAACUAGUCUUGAAAAUAUAUUUAUGACAGAAGAUGAUUAUGAACGUGAAGAAGGGAAGAAGUGUGAUGUUGGUGAUGGUAGUAGCGAUAGUGCUGUGGAUGAAGAUAUCGCUAUAGAUUCUUCUACAUCAUCUGUAAGAAAAAGAAAAAAUAAUAAUUUAUUAAAACUUAAAACUAAUCAAUAUCCAGUUGUAAGAUUACCUGGCAUCGGUUUAUUUUAUAAUGAAGUCACUAGUGGAAUCCCGAUCACCUUUAAUCAUUUUAUAAAUCAUCUACCUUCUUUACCGGAAAUUCUAAUAUUUAUAACGAUUAGACCUUUGGCAAUACCAUAUGUUGGUAAGAAAGAUAGAUUGGUGGUGCAAAGGAUUCGUAAAUAUAAAGGGUUCUAUAAAAUUAUUGCAAGAUAUGCUUUAUUAGAAUGUUACGUGUUUCUAAUAAAUAAUUCAAGACAAUUAUAUGGUAAUUGGAAUAUACCAAUAGAGGAUGUUAUUGAUGUUGGCAUGAAAAUCGCUGUUUAA